CCAUUCCCAUGGAUCGCCUUACGGGAUCCUCCAGACAUCUGCUGCGCGCGCCGCGGCCACGCAUCCGUCCCGUCUCCCGGUGCGCUCCCCCCCGCCACCGUCUACCCGCUUCGCGUUAACCAUCAUGAGGAGCCGCAGCUGCUUCCGACUGUAGUCCAACCGGAGAGGCGGGGGCCACAGCGGACGGAGAGCGCGCGGGCGGCACGCUUCUUUUUGUCUGCGCGCGGACGGAGCGGCGCAGCGCGGCACGGCGCAGCAUCCCCCGCGCGCUCCACCGGAGGACACCGAAGGGCGGAUGCGAACAAAGCCCGACCGGAACCGGCGGACGCUCCUCGCUCUGUAGAAGCCGCGCGCCACGCCGCGCGUGACGCGCCACCGCGUGGAAACCAUGGAGUCCGUGGAGAAGGAGUGCGGCGCUUUGGGGGGAUUAUUCCAGGCCAUCGUCAACGACAUGAAGAGCUCGUACCCGGUGUGGGAGGACUUCAGCGCCAAGGCCACCAAGCUCCACGCUCAGCUCAGGACCACCAUCCUGGCGGCGGUCGCCUUCCUCGAUGCCUUUCAGAAGGUGGCGGACAUGGCCACCAACUCCAGAGGUGCCACCAGGGAAAUCGGCUCAGCCCUGACGAGGAUGUGCAUGAGGCACCGCAGCAUCGAGGCCAAAUUACGCCACUUCUCCAACGUCCUCACGGAGGGCCUGGUCACUCCGCUCCAAGACCGGAUAGAAGAGUGGAAGAAGACGGCUAACCAGCUGGACAAAGACCACGCCAAAGAAUACAAAAGAUCUCGUCAGGAAAUCAAGAGGAAGUCCUUAGAUACCAUCAAGCUGCAGAAGAAAGCAAGAAAAGAGUUGCUAGGGAGGGGGAACCUGCGCCCCCAGCUGGACAGCGCCAUGCAGGACGUCAACGACCUGUACCUGCUGAUGGAGGAGACGGAGAAGCAGGCGGUGCGAAGAGCGCUGCUGGAGGAGAGGGGGCGCUACUGCUCAUUUAUCAACCUGCUGCAGCCUGUGGUGAAUGUCGAGAUCGCCAUGCUGGGGGAGAUAACCCACCUCCAAGCCAUCGUUGAAGACCUCACCGUUCUGACGGAAGACCCUCACAAGCUGCCGCCCGCCAGUGAACAGGUGAUCCGGGACCUGAAAGGCUCCGAUUAUAGCUGGUCCUACCAGACGCCCCCGUCCUCCCCCAGCAGCACCACCUCCAGGAAGAGCAGCAUGUGCAGCCUGCUCCAGAUGCCCUCGGCGGGGGCCCACCGGCUCAGCAGCGUCUCCUCCCACGACUCGGGGUUCGUCUCGCAGGACGCCAACACCCUCUCCAAGCCCCCGUCCCCCAUGCCGUCUGACAUCACCAGCCAGAAAUCAACAAGCUCAGCCUCCUCCGAGGCGUCAGAAACCUGCCAGUCUGUCAGCGAGUGCAACUCUCCCACAGCGUUUGGCUCAUGCUCAUCCUUCGGCACCUUCCGCCCUGCUUUCUCUCAAACCGGCACCAUCCGGCCUCUAUCUGUCAUACUUCCCUCGUCUCCCACAUUUAACCACUCCCCCGGAUCCAACGAUCCCUCACCCACAUCAAAGGUUCCUAGCUGGAAGGACUGGGCUAAGUCCAGCUCCUGCGAGCCGUCGCUAGCCAGCACGCCGCAGCGCAGGAGGGAGCCGGCAGACAAGAUGAGGGAAGCCGAGGCUCCGCCCAGUCCGCAGGGAUACCCUGGGAUGCAGGCGGACGAUCUGGGCAGAGCGAGGAGUGGAAUUAUUACAGCAAAGCACGGGGAGCCCCUAUCUCCGGCAGCCAGCUCUCUGGCCAUGGUCCUGACCCGCGGCCUGAGCAUGGAGCAGCAGAAGAGCAGCAGAGACUCUCUGCAGUACUCCAGCGGCUACAGCAGCCAGACCAACACCCCCUCCUGCUCCGAGGACACCAUACCCUCACAAGGUUCAGAUUACGAGUGCUACUCUCUGAACGGAGACGCUGACGGCGAGGGCCAGGCCGACUUCGACAAGUCCUCCACCAUCCCGCGGCACAGCAACAUCGCCCAGAGCUACCGCCGCAUGAUCCAAACCAAGAGGCCCGCCAGCACGGCGGGUCUGCCCGCGGGGCGAAGCCCGCAGGGGACUCCCAACGGCCCCGAGGGCGGGAGCUCCGGAGUCAUAACCUCGGGGACCGCCACCAUUCGUCGGACUCCGUCCACGAAGACGGGCGUGAGGCGCACCCCGUCCACGUCUGGCCCCAUCCCCAUCCGGCCCCCCAUCGUUCCCGCCAAAACCCCCACCGUGCCGGACUCUCCGGGCCACGCCAGCCCCUCCCCGCACCACACAGGCGGCGAGGAGUUCCUGUACGGCGGGGACGUAUACAUGAUGGGUUCCCCGAAGCGGAUGAGCCUCCCCGACACAACGUGGAGCAGGGGGGGAGGGGGUGCCACCGACAGGACUCUGUACCCCCAGCAGGCGCCUGGCAUGGGCGCCCAGAGUGGCGAGGAGGACCCUCUGCUGGCUGCCAACCGUCACAGCCUGGUGGAGAAGAUAGGAGAGCUGGCGGCCAGCGCUCACGCCCUCGGCGAGGGUCACUUCCCAUUCUCCAGCUCGCUGCCUGGCGAGUCGGCCCCCCAGGAGCUGUCCUCUGUAAAGGACGUGGACAUGCUGGUGACCAUUCGCCGCGGGGUGAAGCUGCGCAAGACGGUGACUGACGAUCGGUCUUCUCCCAGAAUCCUUCGGUAGUUGGAGCCCAAAAAAACAAACUGAAUGUUUGAAACAGAAGAGCGCUCCUUAAAAGCGGCGAGGAAUGAAGGCCCGCCCACCCGCCGACGACUGAACCGCACACUGCAACACCAGACACUGUUUGUCCAGACACUGUGUGUCUGGACAAACUUCUCCUUCUUUCUUUUAUCUUUGCUUUUUGUUUGUAGGCUUUGUUUCUCCUUGUGUUGUUUCAGCCCUGUUUAUCCCCACGGUGGCGCGGGGGUCCACGGCGCCCCGCGUCCACCUUCCCGCUCUGCUGGUUAUUAUUAAAUUGUGCAUUUCUGGAUCCACGCAGCGGAAAUGGGAGGCACUUUUCUCCCCAUCACAGUUCAGGCUCCGUGUUGCAGCUUCGUCUGAUGAGCUAAAACCGCCACGCUCAAACGGAGGCGAAACGGCGGCGUUUAUAUCGCUGUACUGUCAAUAUAUUCUACAAAUAAAACAGUCUUUCUACUUUAAA